CGAAGAAUACGCAUCACCUCGUGAACGCGCACAGACAGCCAGCAAAUCCGCUAGAUUAGACGCGCCGCGCACAGGAGGCGCAUAGUUUCACCAAACAAAAUCUAUUGUUUUGAUUACAUGCAUUUGUAGCUCUUUCUCUUUUAAUCCACGACUAGUUCAUGUGUGACGGGAUACUGCGAUCGUAAGGUGUUUUUUUAAGUUUUCUGUCAUUUAAACGGGUAUAGAAAGAAGCUGGAUGUUUUUUAUGGAUCAUGUCCAUGAAACUCCGAGGAACAAGAACAACAACAACCUCACGACUAUCUGGGAAACCCAGACGACGGAUUUAGUCAACUAACGUUACAGCUCUGCUAAAGAUCGCGUCGACACUAAUUUACUUCAACAUUUUUAUUUUAUAAUACACGGUCCACUGGACGCGAGACCUCAGCGAAUCAGCGUUUCUUUGUCUUGGCAUUAUUGCAUUGCCGUACUACUAAAGCAAUAUAACAAGUUAUUUUGUUAUAGCAUGCAAAGACAAACAUUGGACGUUAGCGAUUUUUUGAGUAAACAAGAGACUAAAUAGUAUUGGAUUGCAAUGUGAAUGCAGUAACGAUUGCAUUACACCCAUUUACAUGUCAAAGGAGCAGAAAAAAAGAUCUGGUUAUGUCCUUCUUUAAUUUCCGAAAAAUCUUUAGAUUGGGCUCAGAGAAGAAGAAAAAACAGUAUGAUCACGUGCACAGGGACACGAACCCGGAGGAAAUUUGGGAGAUCGUGGGAGAACUCGGGGAUGGAGCUUUCGGGAAGGUGUACAAGGCUAAGAACAAGCAAACGGGCAUCUUUGCUGCUGCGAAGGUGAUCGACACCAAAUCUGAAGAUGAACUGGAAGACUAUAUGGUGGAGAUCGACAUCCUGGCAUCAUGCGAUCAUGAAAAUAUCGUCAAACUACUUGACGCUUUUUAUUUUGAAGCCAAACUUUGGAUCUUGAUCGAGUUUUGCGGCGGUGGAGCUGUAGAUGCGGUUAUGCUCGAGCUUGAAAGGCCUCUAACAGAGCCACAGAUCCGGGUGGUGUGUAAACAGGUGUUGGAAGCUCUGCUGUAUCUCCACAACAACAAAGUCAUCCACAGAGACCUGAAGGCGGGUAACAUACUGCUCACACUGGAUGGAGAUGUCAAACUGGCGGACUUUGGCGUUUCUGCCAAAAACACAAAGACAAUCCAGAGAAGAGACUCCUUCAUUGGAACCCCUUACUGGAUGGCCCCAGAGGUAGUGAUGUGCGAGACGUCUAAGGACAGGCCGUAUGACUAUAAAGCUGAUAUUUGGUCUCUGGGAGUCACUUUGAUCGAGUUGGCUCAGAUUGAACCGCCCAACCAUGAGAUGAACCCAAUGAGAGUUCUGCUGAAGAUCGCCAAAGCUGAUCCGCCUACCCUCCAACAGCCUUCAAAAUGGUCUUCCGAGUUUAAAGACUUCCUAAAGCACUCGCUGGAUAAGAACGUAGACAACAGGUGGAGCACAGCCCAGCUUCUUCAGCACCCGUUUGUGAGUAGCGUGACUGACAGCCGGCCCUUGCGGGAGCUCAUCGCCGAGGCCAAGGCGGAGGUGGAGGUCACAGAAGAGAUAGAGGAGCUAAAGGAGGAAGAAGAGGAAGAAGAUAAUGAAGGAAAUGUGAUUCUUCGAGGGCACAAGCGUGCAUCGUCUGACGUUAGUGUCGGAAGCUCUGAAGAUGAGAAGCUUCCACAAUCGCCGUCCAUCUUGGAGUCUGUUCCUGAGAAGAUUGAGGAGGUUGCUACUACCAAACUACCAGAUGAUAGCGUAAUAAUCGGAGAAACAAAUAAAGAUGAAACUGUGAAGGCAGAGAACCACAUACAGGAUGUAACAGCCACAGGAGUUGAAGAGCAAGCUGUAGAUGUUUCUCCAAAGGAACCUCAGGAAACUAAAGCUGAUGAUGAACCAGAAGUUGUUCCCCCAGCGACGCCCGUGGACACGAUAGUGCAUGAAGAGGAGACGCCAGCCAAACCUGUAGAAGAGGUGAAAGUGUCAGAAGUGGAGCAGGUAGAGGUCCAUGUAGAGGAGACACCAGCCAAACUUAAUGAAGACAAACCCGUAGAAGAGGUGAAAGUGUCAGAAGUGGAUCAGGGAGAUACUCUGGAUGGUCUGAAAGAGAUUGAACCUGCUGAAAACAAAGAGAUUAUGGGCAAUGGUGAGCUCAUAAAGGAAGUGCCUGCCUCAGAUGAGAAACCAAUAGAGGAAACCACUAAAACAGAUGAGGUCAUCAAGGUUGUAGCUGAUGUACCUAGCCCAACCGGUUCUUUGGAAGAAGAGAAGGUUGAGGAAAAGGAGAAAUCAUCACUGGAGGAUCAAGAAACCCCUGUGAAACGCAGGUACGAGAAAAAGGAGGACUCCGAUUCAGGAAUUAGUUCUGCGGCUGAGAACAGCAGCAUAGACCUGAACUUAUCCGUAUCCAGCUUUAUAAAAUCCAAAGAGCCAGGAUCCACCGCUCGGCAGGAUAACAAGAGGGAGAAAAAAACUAUGAAAAAGACUCGCAAGUUCAUGGUGGACGGUGUGGAGGUCAGCGUGACCACAUCUAAGAUCAUCACAGACAAUGACACCAAAAAUGAGGAAAUGAGGUUCCUCAGGCGUCAGGAGCUGAGAGAACUCCGACUUCUCCAGAAAGAGGAGCAGAGAGCUCAACAGCAGCUCAGCAAUAAACUCCAACAACAGAAAGAGCAGAUCUACAAACGCUUCGAACAGGAGGUCACGAGUAAGAAACGUCACUAUGAUACGGAGGUGGAGAAUCUGGAGCGGCAGCAGAAACAGAAGAUCGAGCGUCUGGAGCAGGAACACACGGAGCGUCUCCGAGACGAGGCCAAGAGAAUCAAAGCUGAACAGGAGAAGGAGCUCUCCAAGUUCCAGAACACGCUGAAGAACCGCAAGAAAGAGGAGCUCUCAUCCAAACGUAAGAGAUGUGGCUUCCUGAAGCGCUUCAGGAAAGAUUUAAUCCAACCUUGCAAGGAGGAGCAGGAGUUUCUUCAAAAGCAACAGCAGGAUCUGGACAUCGCUCUGAAGAAGAUCAUACAGCAACAAAAACAUGAGCUGGCCACCAUUGAGAGGGACUGCCUCAACCACAAACAGCAACUUUUGAGAGCACGUGAAGCAGCGAUGUGGGAGCUUGAAGAGCGCCAACUACAGGAGAAACACCAGCUGUUCAAGCAGCAGCUUAAGGACCAGUACUUCAUGCAAAGACACCAGCUGCUCAAAAGACACGAGAAGGAAAUGGAGCAGAUGCACCGAUAUAACCAACGUUUGAUAGAAGAGUUGAAGACCAAACAGACUCAGGAGAGGACCAGACUUCCUAAGAUUCAGCGCAGUGACGGCAAGACCCGUAUGGCCAUGUAUAAAAAAAGCCUGCGCAUCAGCGUCACGGCGGUCACACCCGACCUGGAGCGAGAGAGGGUUAAACAGUUUGCAGCACAAGAGGAGAAAAGGCAAAAGAACGAGAGGCUCCAUCAACUCCAGAAACACGAGAAUCAGAUGAGGGACCUACAGACACAAUGUGACAUGAAUGUCAAAGAACUCCAGCAGUUACAGAACGAGAAGUGCCAUCUGCUCAUCGAGCACGAGACUCAGAAGCUGAAGGAGCUGGAUGAGGAACACAGUGCGGAGCUCAAGGACUGGAGAGAUAAACUCAAACCCCGCAAGAUGGCCCUUGAAGACGAGUUUGCACGUAAGCUACAGGAACAAGAAGCGUUCUUCAAAAUGACCGGAGAGUCUACAUGCCUUAACCCCUCCAGCCAGAGCCGAAUCUCUAAGUUUUACCCCGUACCCGCCGUCCAAUCCACAGGGUUUUAAAAAAGCGUAACGGCAGAAACAUCUCACCGCAUAUAUGCACUACAUAUACUGUAUGCGCACACACACACACGACUGAAUCACUGCAGCCGUCUGCCUUACAGUCUUAAAAUAAAACCGUCGCUCCUGUAAUUACUGUCGUAAGCUAUAUACGUUUCAAUUUUAUUUAAACUUCAAUAGUGGAUUUUUUAGUGGGACGUCACUAGACAAUGAUGGUGCAUGAAGAAUGAUGUGGUUUAAUAUUUUGUAUUCCCCUAAAUGAAUUUUUGUUUCCAGCGUUGAAACAAUGGGAUUUAACUUUGUGUUUUUAAGAUGGCACGACUGUUCAGCUUCAGGCUAUAACUAGUCAAUGUUUGAUGUCAGUGAGCGAAUGAUUUAAAGGCCAAUCAGAAAAAAACGCACAUUGAUUCUGCCAAUCAAACAUAUAAACAAUUAUGAUUUUAUAUUUGUUUUGGUUCAAUUCAAUGGCACACAUUUAUUUUCACUAUUGAUAUGGUUUGUUGGUUACUACCUAAUACUUGUGUAAUCUUUAAACAGCAGCCAUAUUCAUUAUGUUUUAGCAUAUCAGCCAUACUGUAUGCAUUUCUGACAUCACUGUGGUAUGAAAAGUGCGCUUUGCAUCUGCACUGCUAUGCAAUGUAAAAAUGUAGCUACAUUAAACCAUCUCAGCGCUUCGAUUUUAUCCAACCUCAUCAAAAAAAAAAAAAAUGUUUCUGGAAGUUUUUCUACUUAAAACACUAAGGGGCGGUUUCCCGGACUGUUUAGAUUAAUCCAGGACUAGGUCUUAGUUAUAUUAUACGGAAGAGGAUUAGGGCCACUGGUGAAAAAAAUAUUUGAAUUCUGACUUUAUUCUCAGAAUUCUGACUUUAAUCUCAAAGAUUAAAAGAUUAAAGUCUGAAUUCUGAGAUUAAAGUCAUAAUUCUGAGAUUAAAGUCAGAAUUAAUUCUGAGAUUAAAGUCAGAAUUAAUUCUGAGAUUAAAGUCAGAAUUAAUUCUGAGAUUAAAGUCAGAAUUAAUUCUGAGAUUAAAGUCAGAAUUAAUUCUGAAUUCUGAGAUUAAAGUCAGAAUUAAUUCUGAAUUCUGAGAUUAAAGUCAGAAUUAAUUCUGAAUUCUGAGAUUAAAGUCAGAAUUAACUCUGAAUUCUGAGAUUAAAGUCAGAAUUAACUCUGAAUUCUGAGAUUAAAGUCAGAAUUAACUCUGAAUUCUGAGAUUAAAGUCAGAAUUAACUCUGAAUCCUGAGAUUAAAGUCAGAAUUAACUCUGAAUCCUGAGAUUAAAGUCAGAAUUAACUCUGAAUCCUGAGAUUAAAGUCAUAAUCCUGAGAUUAAAGUCGUAAUUCUGAAUUCUGAGAUUAAAGUCGUAAUUCUGAAUUCUGAGAUUAAAGUCGUAAUUCUGAAUUCUGAGAUUAAAGUCGUAAUUCUGAAUUCUGAGAUUAAAGUCAUAAUUCUGAAUUCUGAGAUUAAAGUCAGAAUUCUGAAUUCUGAGAUUAAAGUCAGAAUUCAAAUAUUUUUUCACCAGUGGCCCUAAUCCUCUUCCGUAAUAGGACAUUAAGUAGUUAUUACACAAAAAAAACUACUAGUGUGCAUCUUUAGACAAAACAAUGGCAUUGAUAUAUGUUGAGAUAUAUGUCAGUACAAGUUUUUAAGUUAAGUGAGCUCAAACGUGCGUUUCAAUCUGGGACUAAGAUAAGCCCUGUCCGGGAAACCGCCCCCAAAUAAUUUAGCUUUGAACUUAAAUGCAUGAUAAAUAUUUUUAGUUCGAUAACUUGCAAGUUAUUCAUACAUCUUUAAUCUUGCGUGCUUUACGGUAAAAUUGUAUAGAGGAUUUAUGUAUCCUUGUAACUUAGUUGACUAGAUGAAUCAAGUGUUUAUUUUAUUGUAUAUUUUAGCAUGUGAUUUAUUUUAUUUUCUAGCACACUUCAACAUGAACAACUUCAACACAUGUUUGGAAAUCUGUUUGGCUACAUUUACAUGAAAAAGAGUACAGAAUGCUUUUUUUAACGUGUUCAUAUUUGGUUGGCUGUAUAAAAUAUUGCGCAUAUUUACAGUAGAUUUCACUGUACAGUUAUAGUCAGAUGGAGUGCUGUGCACCUUCUGAUAAAAGAUGUCAUGUCGUGCCCGUGUUUGCGUUGUCAUACAUUUUGUUUGUCUUUUUUAUGCAUUCUCAAUUUAUGAGGUAAAGUUAGCAGCCUAACAAUGUGAAAAUCAAUGUGUUUUUGUCAAAAAUCAAAAGGUGAUUAUAGGAAGCAAUGUAAUUAAAACCUUUGAUUGAAUAA